UGCCGUUUGGAAAACGUAUCUGAUUCCUAACAUGAUGACCCACCACCAUAGCCAAGUGUGCCUUCCAAGGAUUGACCUCCCUCUCUCUCUCUCUCUCUCUCUCUCUCUCUCUUUAUAUAUAUAUAUAUAUAUAUAUCGCACACAAACAAUAUUGUUUGUUGAAUUUGAACGCUUCCCUCUCAGGUGUUAUUUGUUUUCUGUGUAUCCAAAGGUGAAGGUGAGGGAAGAAGAAGAUGAUGAUGUGAUAAAUGUCCAUGCCUUGGAUGGUCUCCAAUCUCUGUCCAUACACGAUGUUGAUUCUCCAGUUAGGGAAUUUGAAGAUGAUUCACCAGCAUCCAUUGUGAGAAUACCAAAGUCCUACAUCCCUGGUGCAACAAGUCCUACGAUUCCUUUGUCCAGAGGAGAAGGCGAGAACGACAGCAAAAAGAAAGCUCUGGAGGACAAGAAAACAAAUACUAGAGCUAGUUCAGUCCCACGGCCUCGUGCUGUUUUAUCAAGUCCCGAUAACGAUGUGAUGAUCAGGAGCAGAAACAAGGCAAAAACAGGACUACUUUCGGGAUUGAAGGAUAAUGAUUCGUGCCAAAACAGACACACGCAGUGCAAGGUUACGCCAAGAAGAAGCGCUUUUGAAACUACUAAAACCACGAGAAGAGUCUCCGUUGAAGUUGCUGAUGGCUUGAGAGGCUCUGGCCACAACCACAAGCAGGUCAAGACAGAUAGCAGAACUCUGAAGUGGAGAUUUUGACUCGCAAAGCAGGAAGUCUAGGGAGACUCUUUUCAAGUUGGACGUUAGAUUAGCCCUCUAUUUUCUCAGAGUACGUUCAUUCCAUGCAUGGUUCUUCUACAUCAAUGCCUAUCAUGGCACCUGUGAACUUUCAAGAACUGUAGAAGGCCUGCUCUCGUGAAGAAUCACUGAAGAGGUUCUGCAUAUGCAAACUACUUUCUGAUUUGACUCUUGGCAUGUUUUAACAAUUUACUUUGUAAGGAAAUAUUGGGCCUUUCUAUAGUAUCCGAUCAUGAAACUUCAUUGUUCAUGAUACACACACACACACACACAUACACACAUAUAUGUUGCUCCUUUGCCUUUAAUCUUAAUGACAAUUAGGAAGCUUGAUCGUGAA